AUGUUUUUCGCUGUUUGUAUUGUUUUAAUUUUAAUCCAAACACAGUUCGAAGCAUACCUUCAUAGGCGUCAAUACAUGAAAAUUAUCGGUAGCACUGAAGCUCCAGAGAUAUUCAAAGAAUUUUACACUCAAGAUGAAUUUUCUGCCGCACGUGAAUACGAAAUGGAGAAAUCGUUCUUCAAGAUCAUCCAAACACUCUAUUUAGGAUUCGUUCUUGUUAUUUUUGUUAUGAUAAUUGCUAAAAUUUGGAAGAUUUUAUCAAUUUGUAACGAAUAUAUCAGAUCAAUCAUAUUCGUCAUCAUUCUUGCAAUCUUAUUCCUCGGUUUUCAGAUCCCAAUGAAGUACUACAAUACAUUUGUCAUUGAACAAAAGCAUGGCUUCAAUAAUUCCACAUUAGGACUCUUCAUCAGAGACCAAGUUACAGUCCUUGGCAUUGUCAUUGUUGAAUUCGUUAUCUUGGUCCCUAUUUUCAUGUUUAUCUACAAGAAAACAGGAAAAGCAUUUAUUCCGAUUGGCUGUUUGAUUUAUGUACUUAUUAUCAUCAUCCAUCAACUCAUCUUCCCAACAAUUAUCUACCCACUCUUUACAAAGCUCACACCUCUUGAAAAAGGCGAAUUAUUUGACGCAGUCAUGAAAUUAGCCAACGAAACAGACUUCCCAGUAUCAGAAAUGUACUCUGCCGACGACUCCAAGCGCUCCAACCACCAGAACGCCAUGUUAUUCGGCCUCUGGACCAAGAAAGUCGCGAUUGCAGAUACAUUAUUAAAUGUUUCUACUCCAGAAACUAUCCAAGCCAUUGUUGGACACGAAAUUGGCCAUUCCAAGCACCAUCACAUCAUCAAAAUGAUGUUCAUUGGCUUCUUUGAAGGAAUUAUCCUCUUCACACUUUUGAAUUUCAUCAUGAAAUCAGAUAAAGUUUUCCAAGAUUUCGGAUUGAAGGAUGAGAAGCCAUUUAUUGUUGGAUUUAUUAUUUUCUUCUUCCUUUACACUCCUAUUUCAACAUUGUUGCAACUUCCAGAGAACAUGUGCAUCAGAUACUUCGAAUUCCAAGCUGAUCACUACUCUGCAUCACGUGGAUUGCCUCUUGAUGUCGCUUUGCUCAAAUUAGCAAAGGAUAACAAGAUGGCCAUAGAACCAGACUACUUGUUCCACUCUUUAUACCACUCGCAUCCAACAAUUCUACAAAGAGUUGACAGAAUUAGAAAGAUAUUCGCGGAAUUAAAGAAAGAAUAA